AGACAAGACAGUAUUUUCUCAGUAGUUUCCAAAGAGCAUAUAAUCACUACGUGUAGUUUCAAAAAGCAUGUAAUCAAGUAGUUUCUGUUUGUUUUGGUCUUAUCUUAUCGGUCGCUCUUUGGUGGUUUUGUUUGAUUUGAUUUAAUUUAAUCACAUGUAAACUACAUGAUGUAGAUGUAGUGUAUUUUAUUGUCCUUGGUUGAGGUUAAUUCAAAGAUAACCGUCUCGUGUGAUGCGGAAGGGUCCUGGAUUUUCCCCAGGCUACCAUCCCCCACACAGUCCUAGGUGCAAUAGAGCCAGUCAGGUUCAAAAAAAUAAAAAAUUAUAAGCUUAGUUCUAGGAAGAAGAUAAGCAUGGAAAUUCUAGGCAGGAACGGAAAGUUGAGGCCACCAACAUGUGCUGCCGAGUAUUUCUCGGUUCUGUUCUGUAACAGAAAGAAAAUAGUCUGUAGACAGAAUUCACAACCGGGUAUGAAAGCCUGGAAUUCACUAAGUCCUGUAGAACAGAAGAUGUUUGUUGACAAAUUUGAGAAGUGGCAGGGUGAAAAUAAUAAGAAAAUAACCAGUAUCUUAGAACAUGCUGAACCAUUUUUGAAGAAAAAAACUACAAAAGAAAAAGGAAAUAUUCCAUCCAGUAUGAAAACAAUUCAAGAGGAUUGUGAUGUCAGCCUACCAGGAUCUACAUUGAACAUCUCCACUAACUCACAUAGUUAUAUCCAGUCCAAUGCAGAUUUGGAAGUAUCUAAACGAGAAGAUCUUAAUGUUGAGUUUUAUAUGGAUGAUUAUGACGACCAGUCGGAAUCAAUGAUAAACCUUGUAUAUGAUGAUACACCCACUGGCAAUUUGGAAGUACCAAAACAAUUUUACACCGCCUCAGUUAUUGACGAAGACAUAGAUAAGCCCACAGCUCCGGAAACAAAUGAGGCAAUAACAAAAACAGCAUUACCUGAACCUACGUUGCCUACUGUGAUGCGCCCCAAGGAGCUGUUUGAAAUAAUUAAGGCAAGUGGAGCGCGACCCGAGCUCGCCACUGUAGAAUGGAAGAACAUGUCGAAUAAAGAGAAAUACAUGUACAUUCGAGCCACACGUAACAUUCAAAAAGACUAUCUUAAGAAUUAUGAACAGUAUUUAGAGAGCUUGUCAUCUCCAGAUUUAUUUAAGCAUUAUAUUAAAUUUAAAAAGGAAAAUUAAACACUAAAAGUUUA